AUGCUGGCACGAAAAGAGAAACAAUCGCUGCGACAUUUAACAAAGGUAGGUAUCAGAGCUUCUCGAAACGGCACAAUGAUGGCUGGGUUAACACCACCGAGGAAAAUGGGGGGAAAAGGGGAGAUAUCAGGAGCGGCCCUGAUAAUGAUAUAUUCGAUCCGCAUGGUGGGUGACGAUUAUGUCCGUAAAUGGGCAGGGAGCAUUGACCAUGAGGUCUUUACUCUCACGCCCAAAAAAGAAUCUGCAGGAUAG